AUGGAGAUGGCAUUCCGCUUCCCUUUUCCGGUCAACGACGCACGUAUGCACCGCGAGGAGGAGCUGACUCUGGCGAGAGUCGCGUCCCAGCGCGGCAGCAACCGGCCGUCUCCCCUAGACACCCCUUUGCCGCUUGAGGCACAAAAGGAGGUUUCCGCCGAGUCCUCGACGGUUUCUUCUUUACCGACCACCAAGAGGAGAUGGGUUUUUGCUGACCCAGUGGCUUUCAGAUAUUUAGAAAGCGAUCCGUCCGUCACCGUCCUCGAGCGAAGGGGAGUCCUGCAGGGCUACGAGCUCUACCUAGUCGAACAAUGGGCUUGUUCACGAAAAUCGCCAACGUUGGUCAUCGUUACAUAUACGGGUGACCCGAAGCAUUCGGUCGUCGUCGGGGUGCUGGCCGUCCCAGCAGACGAGAGCGUAUGGUCGAACCGCCUGCGAUUCUACUUCAAGGCCAUCCAUCAGUACCAUGCACGCCCCAAGGAGACACCCUUGGGCGACGUCAUGGUCACGAACCUCAGCAGCUUCCCGUCGGCUCUGACAGUCAUACCGGUCCCCGAGGGCGACAUCCGCACUCAUCGCCAGGCCUUCAUCGUCAACGAGAACCUCAAGCGCCUGGGAUGCUCUGGGCGAUCUGGCAUGAAUCUUUCUGACCCCACUCCCGCGACUCAGGCCAAAUUUUACCAGCUGUACAGGACAAGCGAGAAGGUCCCCUUUGCACAGUCGGUGGUAGAAUUAGUCAAACUGUGUCAAGUAUCCCUGUUCAUGUUCGGGAAGCUGGACAUGGAAUACAUUGACGGCCUGUUAUGCGACAAGACGGAAGAGUCAAUCGGGAACUGGUGGACAGAGAUUGGCGCCGAAUCCUACAAUGUCGAGCCGACAGACGGUAUACUGGGGCCGACGACCGUGGCGGCGCUGCUAGGCUUGUUGAUGGGUGCGAGGAACCGGCUGCAUUACUACGGCGCACCCGUCUCCAAGGAUGUUUUUGACAUUGAAAGCACGAAAAGGGGCAUCGGCUACUUCCAGAAAGCAUACAAGCUCGAGCGGACGAGGCGACUGGAUCGCCAGACUAUUCUCAAGCUGCAUGCCGUCACGGCAAAAGCAGCCGCUGGCGAAGGAUGGGGCGUGCAAAAGGCUGUCAAGUCCACCGUCGCCGAAAUCGGCGGUAAAAGGGGCGAGCUCGUCAUCGGCAUGGUCGGCGGGAAAGACAAGGCCGGCAUAGCCGACAUCGAGACCGUCGACAUUGAUAAAUUCAUUGCCCUGGCGUACGGCGAGCGCGCAAAGUGGCUCUGGUAUGGGAAACCCAGGAGAACAGUGCCCGAGCUUCAGGAGAAGCCAACAGACGUAGCGCAGCCACUGUUCGGAAAGGACGAGGUGGCUUCGCCGCCAGGAAAACGGACACAAUCCUUGCCUUUAGAAGAGGAGCUCCAACGGCAGAAGGAAGACUCGCCUGGUGUCUAUUCGACUCCGGCACCUGCCUCAACUGUUAGUGUGGUUGAUAACCCGGCAGAGAAAGACGCGCUUAGGAAAACGGUCUUUAAAUCCGUCGCUGGCAGAGUGAGUGACGCCAAGUCUGGGCUGGGUCGCAUCAAGGACGUCGUCGGUACCGGCUUGAGAGGUCAUGCGAGCCGUCCUAGUAGAGACGACUUUGGCGAGAACGGGUACAACGGUGCGUCCGGCAUCUCCGCCCUGGCGCAGUCUUCGGCGGCUUUGUCGUCCCCGGUCAUGGUUGGUAGGGCCUUCACGUGGAAGAACAAGCCGGAAGAGUAUCUGACUGCCUUUAAAAAAGAGGCAGAUAUUGUGCAGGAGCUGCGGGGGCCAUCACAAGAACUCGAAAAGGUCCCAGUGGCAACCAAGCCAAUCCGCGAAGUGUCAGACCCCGGCUCGGCGCAUGCUGAGGGGGACCACCCGACACCUCCCAACGGGCCGGUGAAAGAUGAGCCUGGUCGGGUUCAGACGUCGGUGGCCGGAUCUGUGGUCGACGAAGCCGACCUCCACGGCCCCUUCGAAGCAGAGCGCACCAGCAACACUGCCGUGAGCUUCCUCCAGCGCCGGCACAGCAUCGCUGUCUCGAGACUUUCGUACAAGCACCCCCUGAACGAAGCUCGCUGGCCUAGGCGGCUCUCUUUUGGAGAUGCCGAGGAAGCGGUUUUGCGGUGGGAGGAGAUCACGGAGCUCUACGACGACAAACACUUUUCCACGGCCGACGCCUUGCAGCAACAGGUCAGUCUCGCCGAAUUCGCCCGCAGCCUGUAUGACUCCAUCGCGACCAUAAAGCGCGAGGUCAACCCGUGGGUCGAGUCUAAGGUCAAGGCCGUGGACUCUUUGGACGAGCACUACGGCCGCGAACAGGAAGAUCUGCAGAACCUCUACUACCAGCUCAGCGAGGCGUAUCACCGCGUCAAGCAAAGCUCGACAGAGCUCAUCGCAGAGGAGCGGGCGCAUAUCACCGAGGCGAUUAAGGAGGUUGAGGUGCUCGUGGCCCGACUCGAGUACGAGAUCAACGGGCUUGUGAGCAAGGUCGACGACGUCGAGGAUGGCGUCAGGCUGUUCGAGAGGCAAGUUGAGGACGUGGAGAAGCGCGCGGAAGAGCUUAAGGCGACUCUUGAGACGGAGAGCUGGGCGCACUGGUUCGUCAGGACGCUGACGGGGAUCGGCACGGGACCCAACAUUACGAGGGUGCGGUAG